GUAAACUGUAAGGCCCGCCGCGCGCCUUGGAGGGCAGGCUGUGCAAACUACACGCAGGUACCAGCGAAUAUUCGAGCUUGCGCCAUAUAAUUGCACUCGAUCUUCUCCUGGCACACCUACAAAAAGACCACGUAUAACUAAUCACGAAGAGGCCCUCCACUUCUCGCUCUGACUUGCUUCUUUCCAUAUCACUUCAUCCGUGUUCAACAAACUGCAGAUGUCAUACGGUCCACCUCAAGGUCAGCCUCCGUACGGAGGAUAUCCUCCUCAAGGGCAAGGCUACGGCUAUCCUCCACAAGGGCCACCGCAACAGGGCGGCUACCCUCCACCUCAAGGAGGAUAUCCUCCUCAACAAGGUGGCUUCGGCGGUCCCCCACAACAGUUCGGAGGGCCUCCAGGUGGUUAUGGCGGACCUCCGCCAGGCGGAUAUCCUCCGCAGCAGUACCAGCCUCCUCCAGCGAUGCCGUCGCCCGGCUACGACCCCCGAGUCCAAAUACAGGGCGAUGCCUCGCGCGACGCGGAUGCGCUUCGCCAGGCAAUGAAAGGCUUCGGCACGAACGAGAGCGUCCUUAUCCAGAUCCUCUCGAAACCAGAUCCCUUGCAAAUGAACCUAUUGAGAACCACCUACAACCAACGCCAUCGUCGCGACCUAGAAAAAGACAUCAAAUCAGAAACAUCGAGAUACUUUGAGAAAGGGCUGGUUGCGCUCGUCAGAGGGCCCCUCAUGGACGACGUGCACAAUCUUCAUGAGGCAAUCAAGGGUUUGGGAACAAAAGAAUCCGUGCUCAAUGACGUCCUACUUGGCCGGUCGAAUGCCGAUAUGCGGGCGAUAAAACAAGCAUACCAUGAGGCCUACAAGCACUCCCUUGAGGCGGAUGUCAAGGGCGACUUGUCGAUGAAGACGGAGAGACUAUUUGUGAUGGUCAUGGCUGCCACAAGAAACGAAGAGUCCGCGCCUGUGAUACCUACCGAACUGGACCGCGAUUCCAUCGAGCUGCAUCGAGCUAUGGACGCUCGCGUCGGCACCGACCAAGCCACAGUCUGCAGCAUCCUGUCCAAGAGGAGCGAUGGACAGAUUAGGGCGCUUGCCCAUCACUGGCAGCAGAAGUACCAUAAGAGCUUGGAAGAUGUCAUUAAGUCCGAAUUCUCGGGACACAUGCAGGACGCACUGCUCCUCGUUGUGCGCAGAGCAUGCGAUCGUGCCAUGUCGGAUGCGACGCAACUGGAGGAUGCUAUGGCUGGGAUGGGGACCAAAGAUUGCCUCCUUGUACAACGUGUGGUUCGUGCACACUGGGACCGGGCUCAUAUGGAUCAGGUCAAGCGUGCAUACCACCAUCGGUAUAAGAGAGAUCUGGUUCAGCGGGUCAGAGGGGAGACCAGCGGUGACUACCAGGCGUUGAUGGUCGCUUGCUUGUCCUGAGAGGGUCAUGGGUACCAUUCUCUUCGGGUCGGGAAGAUCCUGUGUUCUUGUUUUAGAUAUUCAUGCCUCACGGCUGGCCGAUGGAACAGGAUGCCAAAGGCAUGGAUUUUGGGGCGAUUUGACGGAAGUUCUUGUUUGAACCACAUUAUACUUAGGGAACCAUAGGUUGUGAGGAGCUCGGUGUUUUCCGAUGCUCAAUAUACACAUUAAGAAACUCG